UUGGUUGUACUAGUUUGUUCAACAAAUAAUAGUAUUUGUCGUAUUGAAAUCGUAUGAUUAGAAUCUUGAGAUGGGUGAUAUAAAAUCUUUUUUUCAUCAGUGGUGUGCAAAGAGUAGCAAAGAGCCACAGUUUGACGUGAGACCAACAGGUCCAAAACAUCGACAACGAUUCCUAUGUGAACUACGUGUAGCUGGAUUUGAUUAUGUGGGAGCAGGAAACUCUACUAACAAAAAAGAUGCACAAGGCAAUGCAGCCAGAGAUUAUGUUAAUUAUUUAGUCCGUACAGGACACGUGAAUGCUAAUGAUGUUCCAAAUGAUGCUGGGAUUGUCCCGCCACAAGAUAGUGGACCUGUCAAUCCAGAACCUCAUGGUCCAUCAAAGUCUGUGUUUCAAGAUGGAAUGGGACCAAACGAUAUAGGUCAAGCAUAUAGAGCUUACAACGAACAUGGUCGUGGGAAUUAUACUUAUAUGGAUAGAAUAGCAGAUCAGAAAAGAGUUGAAGAUGCAGAAGAUGUUGAUGUAAAUUCUGGAAUUCAUGGGAAUUGGACUAUAGAAAAUGCUAAAUCAAAGCUUCAUCAGUUCAUGCAAUCUAACAAACUUAAUGCUGAUUACAAAUAUACCCCACUUGGUCCAGAUCACACGAGGAGUUUCAUGGCUGAAAUGACAUUUUAUGUAAAACAACUUGGGAGAAAUGUUACUGGUCGCGAAACUGGCUCAAAUAAGCAAACAGCUUCCAAGAGUUGUGCUUUGUCUCUUGUACGACAAUUAUAUCAUCUUGGUGUCAUUGAAGCAUUCACUGGUACUCUAAAAAAAAACAAAGACACAGAACAAAUAAAACCAUAUCCAGUUAAAAUUUCACCCGACUUGGAAAAUCAAAUUCAUGAUGUAUUAUCGAGCUUAAAUGUCAAACCUGUUACAGUAGAAACAGAGCAGGCAUCAUCCAUAAAACAAGAAGAGACUUCCACUGCUGUAUCUUUAGUAACGAAUCAAGUAUUAGACGAUUUUAUUUCAUCUGUACCUCAACCUGCUGGAGUGGUCAGUUGGUCUCCUCCGCAACAAAAUUGGAAUCCUUGGACUGGCUGUAAUAUAGAUGAGGGACCAUUAGCCACAAUGUCUUUAGAACAAUUGUCAGAUGAUUUGCUGCACGAGCAACGUGAAAGAUUACAGCAAGACAGUAGUCUACAAAAGAGUAUUAAGGACAGGUCCACAUUACCAGUUUUUUCGAUGAAAACUGAAAUAAUGACCGCCAUUAAUGAAAAUCCUGUAAUUAUUAUUCGGGGUAACACAGGAUGUGGUAAAACGACCCAAGUAUGUCAAUUUAUUUUAGAUGAUUACAUUGCAUCGGGUCAAGGUGCAUUUUGCAGUGUUGCAAUCACACAACCUAGAAGAAUAUCUGCGGUAUCUGUAGCAGACCGAGUUGCUAUAGAAAGAUGUGAAAGUUUAGGACAGUCGGUUGGAUAUUCGGUACGAUUUGAAUCCUGUUUGCCAAGACCUUAUGGUAGCAUAAUGUUCUGCACUGUUGGUGUACUUUUGCGAAAGUUAGAAGGUGGUUUAAGAGGCGUAUCACAUGUUAUAGUCGAUGAAAUUCAUGAACGUGAUGUUAAUUCUGAUUUCAUUAUGGUUGUUCUUCGUGAUAUGAUUCACAUGUACCCGGAUUUGCGAAUUAUUUUAAUGUCAGCUACGAUCGAUACAACGUUGUUUAGUAAUUAUUUCAAUAAUUGCCCGGUAAUAGAAAUCGCGGGCAGAGCUUAUCCUGUACAACAGUAUUUCUUAGAAGAUUGUAUACAAUUAACGAAUUUUGUACCGCCUAUGGAUUCCAAGAAGCGUAAAAGCCGAGAUUCAGAUGACUUGCCAGGUGAUGCAGAACCAGAGGAAAAUUUGAAUAAAGCCAUUAGCGCCGAGUAUUCUAUGCAAACGAAGAAUGCUAUGUCGCAGCUCAGCGAGAAAGAGAUAAGUUUCGAACUUAUAGAAGCUUUACUCAAAUAUAUUAAGGAUCAAGGUAUUCCAGGUGCCGUGUUGGUCUUUUUACCCGGCUGGAAUCUGAUAUUUGCUUUAAUGAAACAUCUGCAACAGCAUCCCAUUUAUGGAGGAUCGGGUUACAUAAUUAUACCCUUGCAUUCACAAUUACCUAGAGAAGAUCAGCGUAAAGUUUUUGAUCCUGUGGCACCGGGAAUUACGAAAAUUAUUUUAGCCACAAACAUUGCUGAAACAUCAAUUACGAUCAAUGAUGUAGUUUAUGUAUUAGAUUCCUGCAAAGCUAAAAUGAAGCUGUUCACUUCUCACAAUAAUAUGACAAAUUACGCCACAGUUUGGGCUAGUAAAACCAAUUUGGAGCAAAGAAAAGGGCGAGCUGGUCGUGUCAGACCAGGAUUUUGUUUCCAUCUAUGCUCCAGAGCACGUUUUAAUAAAAUGGACGAACAUAUGACUCCAGAAAUGUUCAGAACACCUUUACAUGAGUUAGCAUUGAGUAUAAAGUUAUUGCGAUUAGGUAGCAUCGGAAAGUUCUUGUCAAAAGCAAUUGAACCACCACCAAUAGACGCUGUAAUAGAAGCUGAAGUCAUAUUACGUGAAAUGAAAUGUUUAGACGAAAAUGAUGAAUUAACGCCACUCGGUAAAAUAUUAGCUCGCCUACCUAUUGAACCACGCUUAGGUAAAAUGAUGAUCCUAGGUUGUAUUUUCCGUGUUGGAGACGCGCUGUCUACAAUGGCAGCGAAUAGUACAACGUUCCCAGAAGUGUAUAACAUGGGGCCAGAUGUUAGAAGAUUAACCACCCAACAGAAAUGGUUUGCUGGUGCAAGAUACAGCGAUCACGUGGCAAUGUUACAUGCAUUCCAAGCUUGGGAAGAAGCUAGGGACGGUGGAGAGUAUGCAGAACAAGCAUUCUGCGACUCUAAAAAUUUGAGUAUGCCUACAUUAAGGGUCACGUGGGAAGCCAAGAAUCAAUUGCAAGCACUUCUGCAAAGUGCUGGUUUUCCAGAGGAAACACUUUGCCCCACGCCAUUAAAUUAUCAAGCUGGAGCGGAUGUUCGUCUCGAUACAAUCACUGCUUUAUUAUGUAUGGGUCUAUAUCCAAACGUAUGUUAUCAUAAGGAAAAACGAAAGGUUCUUACCACCGAAUCUAAGGCGGCUUUGAUCCAUAAAACAUCAGUAAAUUGCAGCAAUUUUGAACAGAAUUUUCCAUUCCCAUUUUUCGUGUUCGGAGAGAAGAUUCGUACAAGAGCAGUCUCUUGCAAGCAACUGAGUAUGGUGUCUCCAAUUCAUCUAUUAUUAUUCGGUUCUCGAAAAGUCGAGUACGUUGACGGCGUAGUGAGACUGGAUAAUUGGGUUAAUUUAGACAUGAAUCCGAAUCAUGCAGCUGCAAUAGUCGCCUUGCGACCUGCUUUAGAAAGUCUCGUUGUGAAAGCUGCGAAGGAACCAGAAACUAUUUUAGAAUUAUCUCCCAACGACGAAAAAGUACUGAGUUUGAUCAAGGCACUCUGCGGAAUGAAUGCUUGUCGUUACGAACUGGAUCAAAUUACAGGUGGUGGUUUCCAAUCGCGGAGACCACCAAGGGGACAUUCGACAGGUUUCCAUUCCGAUAGUAGCAAUUCGCCGAAAAUGAUGCGUGGAGGUAGUGGUUUUCGCGGAGCUCCUCGCGGUGGUGGUUUUCCUAGUGGAGGCAGUGGCGGUAGCGGUGGCUUUGGCAAUGAAGGCGGCGGCGGUGGAUUUGGCAAUGGAGGAGGCGGUUUUCCAAGAAAUAACAAUUUCGGUGGUUUCCGAGGUGGUGCAAAUAGAGGCUUUAAUAAUUCCCGUGGAAGAGGUGCUGGAAACUGGGGUGGGAGAGGUGGUUUCCGCGGUCGUUAUUAA